CACUUAAUAACGGUGACAAAAAAGGUCGUAAAACGGGGCAAAACUCACUUAUCAACUGUCUUGCUUUGGAAGGAAAAUUUUGGGCCGUGUUAGGAUUGUAAAUAGAGGACGGCCUGUAGUAUGGGGAUAGGAGACCACCAGGAAACGUCUAAACUCUCUAUACUGCCACCCAGAAAACAAUCUGAGCUCAACAUGCCGGCACCGAUGCUUUCUAUCCAGCUGUGCAUUGAAUGAUUUUCCACUUCUGGAGCAGGGCAAUUUAUGACUUGCUUACAACCUUGUGGUUGAGGGCCACACCCAGGAUCUUGAGAAGGUCCUGGCGUCAUCAAUGCCUUCUAUUCUUCCGGAACCCUUAAAAACAAGACAAACCGGGUUGGGCACCUUGAAGCUUAGCAAUCAAAGGAAGUAUCUGACUUGUCUCGUCUUGCCUCAGUGCGUUUGAAGACUUUUCUUCCGGGAUCAGAGGCACCAUAGUGUGAGCUGGCUAGAAAAGGAUGCAGAUAGAUGAAGUUGUUAUUUUUGCCACCAUGUUUGAAUGUUGUCCCCUCCCUCCAGGAUUGCGGAAAAGAGAGGAGAGGGGCCUGUUGAUUUUCGCCCAGAUCAGAUGGUUCCCUCCCAGCCUUCAAGUUUGGCAAAAAUUACGAGGCCCACCUCUCCCGUAGCAUUACAGAGGUUUGCCCUAGGCAACAUUUAGGCUUCCGGGUAUCCGACCUCUGAUAAAGGCUGGGGAGCCGUGCCAGUCCUCAGCCUGUGCCACCCCUUUGUGGAUGUAACAUGCCCUCCAAUUUGGACCCAGCUUUGCCCAGGAUGACAGGGACUCCCCAGGGAGAUCUAGGCUUUGAAGGGAUUCUCCAGACCCUAAGUGGGAUCCCAGCGGAGAGGCUAAUUCAAUAUAGGCACAAGCUGAGCUGCUUGCAGCAAGACAGGAAGAGCUGCCAUCUCCUGCACGUCCUGCUCCUGUGGUCCUUGGGGAGAGAAGAUGAGGCCAGGGUGCAUCUCAACAGCUUCAGAGAUGACGUGGUGGCUUACCAUCUCUCCCAAGGCCUCUGGGGCACAGGUGGAGCCAAGACGACAACCCCAGAACAACUGAAGGACCAGGCCAAGGUGGCCCGGGCCGUGGCGGAGAUCUAUUCGCUCUUGGUUGAGGAGAAGCUCUGUGAACCCUUGGCCAGAGACGAGGCCUACAGAACCGCUAUCCAAGCCUUUAGAGCCAGUCACAUGGAAGGAGCCCAACUCAAAGGUCUCCUGGAUGAAGCUAUGGAGAAGUGUGGACUGCCGUUCCUCUUAACGGUGCCCAGGAAUAAUUCUGGAGCUCUGGCCUCAGGUAGGUGGGAGUUGCCCAGAAGGAGCAGUCCGGUGUCCAUCGUCAGCUCUUCUCCUCCUGAUAACCCUCAGUCAUUACGUUCUACAGGUAGCCCCAUCUCCUACAUCAGCAACCUUCAGAUCAGUGAGACUUCAACCACCUCCGACAGCCCUUCCACCACGGGAAGGUCCUUGCCUCUACCAUCAGCCAGCCAAGAAGACACCGGCUCUGUGUCGUUGGUCAAUGGCUGCUCCACCAAUUCAAGAAGACCUUCUCUACCAAAUUCCAGAGGUCCCUGUUUACCGCCUGAUUCCAAAAUCACACUGUCUUCCAAGGCAUCUGCCCAGGGCUCCAAGCACUGCACAGUAACCCCCGUAACAACGCCAUCAGGAGACUUGUCUUUCAGCUUCCAGGUCCCACCUCUGCAGAAGUUGGAUUCCACGCCUUCUGCAGGAAGUGCUCCACAACCUGGAACCCAUACCUCUGCUUCAGCAUCGAUCACGAGUUUUGGACCUCUGCUAUCGUCUUCUUCUCCUUCUUUUUCUUCUUCAGAUCUUGCCUCUCGUAGCUCAGAACCUUCUUCAGUGGUCCCACCAGAUAAUGAAAGACAGUUCUACACCUUCGUGGUCCUGCACGCUGCAGAAGACGAGCUGGUAGCUUGCCGGGUGAGGGAACGCUUGGAGGCCUUGGGUGUCUCCAACGGGGCCACCUUCAGCGAAGAUUUCCUCAUCCCCGGCUGUGGCCAACUCAACUGUUUCCAGAAUGCCUUGGACAACUCAGCCUUCACGCUCGUGCUCCUGACCAAGAACUUCACGGGCCGCCUCUGUGACUAUCAACGCGACACGGCCUUGAUGGACUCCCUCACCCGCUGCUGCAAGAGGAACUCGGUCAUUCCGUUGGUGCCCAAAGAACACACUCUAAAAUCCGGGGAAAUGCCCCUCCUGCUCGCAUCAUUGGUGCCCUUGGUUGAAAAAUCUCCUGUGUUUGACAAAAGGGUGAAGAAGACCUUCACUUCAAGGGUGAUCCAGGAGAAAAAAGCCACCUGGGACUUCAUGAGACAGAUCCAGGAAAGAGAGGAGAAGAUAGAACGAGAGCGAGAAAACCUGAGGCUACAACAACGUCUCGCUGUCCUCAACCUUCAACCAUCACCAGCUCUACCACCGGUGGUGGACAUUUCAAGACCACAAACAUCCUUUAUGGAACCAGGGCCCGAUCAGGCUUCCUUCUCCCAACCAUUCAUGUUCUCGAUGGGUUCUCCAAAUGCAAUGCCGGGUCCCCAACUUAUCAUUCAGAAUGCCCAAAUGAUUCAGAUCGGCGAUUAUAACCGCAUGCAGGUGGAAAGAAGCAACGCAGCGGUGGGCACGGCCAAUGAGACCAUUGAGGGGCCUCCCGUGGAGGAAGGAGAGGACAACCCUGGAGAACGAAAAUGAGAGGGAUGAAAGAAGACAUCAGGAACAUUUGUAAGUUUCUUAGAAGCGUUGGCGACUUUGUCGAGGGAAGAGACCAGUCUGACGAAGAGACCUGUGUUACGCGAAGAUGUAGGGGCCAACAAGAACUGAGACCUUGAACUUCAUGGGUGACCAUCUCCGCUUUGCAAUCCCCCCAGGGACUCGUAAAGCAGAGGUCCCCAACCUUUUGGGCACCAUGGACCACCGGUUCCGUGAAGUUUUUCUGCGGACUGGAGGGUGCGUGGUUUUGUGUGCUGCCUGAAUCCCGCGGAUGGGGCUUUGCUUGUUUGU